ACGCCCAUACGGUUCCUACUCCGAUGACACCCCCCACCUGUAAGGAGGCCUGGCCUCGGCUCGUUCGUCGUCAAGCUAUCCGCGUCUCGCUCCCUUUCCGCCGCCGCCCGCCGGACCGGAGCACGCCCGCCACCCGAGCGGAACCCUCUCUCGUCGCCGCCGCCGGCACCCUCGCCGCUACCCCCCCCAUAGCUAUCUAAUCGGCGCGGAGCCCUGCAAUUAAUUGGUUUUCUUCUGGUGGUGAGGAACCCUAUAGCUUGCUUGCAAUUUCCACUCGUUUACCCACAAACCUCUCGUGGGUUCAAAUUCGACUGAUCCCUACGCUCCACGGUAGCUGUGCCCCUGUUUCGAGGUGCAGUGGAGGCGGGAGGACCGAGUCAUGGGGGCCUCUGCCCAGGAAUCGGGUCUGUGGAAGCAAAUCGACGACGCAGAGGACUAUCUACUCAGCGGAUUGUUUGAGCAGGCAGUAUCGGCAGUUUUAUCUGCGUCCGAUCAAAUACGCACAGUUUCUUUGGAGACUGAAUGCGACCGUGACGAACUCUUAGAUAUUCUUGAAUCAGCUGGAAUGGUCCUUGUCCAGGCACUUAAAGAACUCAGGAGGACAUCUGAGAUGUUUGUUCAGCUUAAGACGAUGUUUGGUUCGGUGGCAUCGGUACCUGCCAAAGUUUUCCUUACCGGAGCUACCAUGCAAAUGGCAGCAGGAUCUGGAUCAGAGCUUAGAGCAAUCUUUGAGGAGUACCUUGCUAAAUGGAGAUAUACAAAUGAUGAAGUUUAUGUUUUGAAUGGAGGACAAGAAAUCUCUUUAAAUGGUUUUGUUGUUACACCUGUUAUGUCAACCAAGCAGUAUCUUGAAGUGGCAGAAUUGUAUACAGUAACAUUCCUUUGCAUUGUCUCCCAAGAGAGUGAAACUGCUAUCUCAUGGGCGGAAAAAGCAGAGCUGACUGAGCAAGGCCGUCAGGACCUACUAAAAAAGCUUUAUGCACUGCGAUCAGCUGCAAAUAAGAAACCAUCCACAGUUGAAGGGGUAAAACAAACAGCAGAAAAAAACCUUUCCACUUCUACAAAUGACUCAGCACCAUCGCUACAUGAGGAUGCUCCAAGCACAGCUCCUCUGCACGACAGCCUCAAAAAGGUCCAAGUAAAGUCCACUCAAUCUUCUACCCAACACUUCACAAAUCAAUUUGAUCCCUUGUUUUGGUGGUUUCAUUCGGUUCGCUUGAAGUUUGGUAAAAUACAUAUUGUUCUACCAAGCGGCAAGUUAAUGCUUCUGUUCUCACUGCUGUUCUCGACAAUCUAUGUGCUCCGGAGGAAAACUGCUGGCUUGAAGAGGACUGUGUUCCAGCAUGCAUCAUCUCUGCGACGAGCAUUCUUUGAUGCACUGCAACUUGCGUUCUCUGUCCAGCUGAACCCUCUGGCUGCUGUUCAACAAGUGCCACAAGCCCCUCGAGGAAGCUGGUGAUAAUAGUUAUAUAAUGAUGUAUGUAAUUCAAUUGAAAUUUGACUGAUGUCAUCCUGAUUCUGUGUCAGUGACACAGAAAUGUAAAGACAACUGUGCUUUGAGGCUGAGGCUCUAAUCGCUGGCUGAUUUCUUGUGGCUCCAUCAGUGCUGACUGCAUCAUCUGAAGUCCCAACCCUUGUUGCAAAAUUAUUCUGCGCUGUUUGUUCUUGUGGGUUUAGUUUGACUCAAGCUUACCCUAACGACUCUGUUUUUUGUUAAUGGGGGUUAUUUCGCCACUAAAAACCCUUCGAGAGUGAUAAGCAGUCCGCAUUGAAGGUCUAAUGUGUCACCAUAGCAUAUGAUGAGUUAAUAUGCAAUUGUCUAUGUCUCCUGUUACCACAUUG